GCCAUUGUAUCCACGUGAGCGCGGAACUGUACAUGUGGGGUUGUUCGGCGUUUACACAAAUUCCUGUAUAGGUAUUUCCAAAUCAUCAAAAUAGGAUUGGUCUUAUUUUACAGCCAUGUCUUCUUUUCGAAAAGCUUUGAAGUCUAAACAACGAGACCACAAAGAGCGAUCACAGCUCGGUUUCAGGAAACAUUUGGGAUUGUUAGAGAAGAAGAAAGACUACAAACUUCGCGCAGAUGACUACCACCGAAAAGAGAAGACCAUCUUGGCCUUGCGCAAGAAGGCCAUGGAUAAGAACCCUGAUGAAUUUAACUUUAAAAUGAUACACAACCAAUUAAAGGAUGGAGUUCACAUGGCUAAUCGAAAAGAUGAAGAAAUGACAGAGGAGCAGAAAAAGAUGAUGAGGACUCAGGACAUCAGAUAUGUGGAAAUGAAGCGGGUGUCAGAGAUGAAGAAAAUUGAAAGGAUGAAGUCAGAGCUCCACUUUCUUGAUGAGGAAAAGAAAAAUAAACAUGUCUUUUUUCUGGACACAAAAAAAGAAGUAAAGAACUUUGACCUGGCUACACACCUUAACACAGUGCCUGAAUUGGUGGACAGAGCAUAUAACAGACCUACAAUAGAGACGCUGGAAAACAAGAGCAUUGUGGGAGCAAUGAAGGCCAGGGAGAUAAAAAGACUUGCUAAAAAGAGGAAUGAGCAGUAUCUGAGGCUUUCAGAGCGUAUUGACAGAGAAAAAAAAAUGUUUGUCAUUAGUCAAAAGAUUCAAACUAGAAAAGAUCUACAAGAUAAGGUGAAGAAGGUAAAAGUCCGCAAAGAGACCAGUACCGCUCCUGCCAUCUAUAAAUUUCAGGCUAAGAGGAAAAGAUGAAGUCUUUGGUCUGUCUCGUUGUCCUCAGUCAGCUGGAGUCUAGUGUCAAGGAAGUGGACUUAAAAUUCUGGAUUGAUUUUUCACUUCUGUAAAAUGGAGAUGCUAUGCUGGUAAUCUUGCACAUAUAAGGCAAGGAGUUUGUACAUAUUUAUUGCCAAUACGUUUUUGCUAUUACAAUAAAAUGUUGUCUGUAA